GCGAAAUGGACACAAGAAAGAGCCCUAGCCUUUCCCAUACUUAUUCAUUUCUGCUCAUAAUCACACUGCGUUUCAUUUUCGCCAAAAACCCUUCCGCCGCCGACAACCACCGUCCGCCAUGGCCUCAGAGAAGAAACUCUCAAAUCCGAUGAGGGAGAUCAAGGUUCAGAAGCUCGUACUCAACAUCUCCGUCGGCGAAAGCGGUGACCGUCUGACCAGAGCUGCUAAGGUGUUGGAGCAACUAAGUGGGCAGACACCCGUUUUUUCCAAGGCGAGGUACACUGUAAGGUCUUUUGGAAUCAGGAGAAACGAGAAGAUUGCUUGCUAUGUCACUGUUAGAGGUGACAAGGCAAUGCAACUCCUUGAAAGCGGCUUGAAGGUGAAGGAAUACGAGUUGCUGAGAAGAAACUUUAGUGAGACUGGAUGUUUUGGUUUCGGCAUUCAGGAGCACAUUGAUCUCGGCAUAAAGUACGACCCGUCAACUGGAAUCUAUGGUAUGGAUUUCUAUGUUGUCUUAGAGAGGCCCGGUUACCGUGUGGGCCGUCGCCGUAGGUGCAAGUCGCGAGUCGGGAUCCAGCACAGGGUUACAAAGGAGGAUGCCAUGAAGUGGUUCCAGGUGAAAUACGAAGGUGUCAUUCUUAACAAGGCAUCCAAUAUUGGAGCUUAGUAUGCUUUUUCAUUUGUCCCAAUUCUUUGUUUUGCUUGGAAAAUGGUCUGUAGAAUUUUGUUGUGGACAGUUUUUUACUUGGCUUUGUUUGAAUUGCAUGAUGGUCUUUUAUUGUGCUUUUAUAGUUAAUGAAUGAACUAGCUGAGAAUGUUAUCAGAUUUGAAAAGCUAGCCUGCCUUGUGUGCAAUGAUGUGAUUCGAUGCAACACCACACCGAAUUGAAAAAACAAAAGUUGUGAAAUUUUCAAAUCGAAUCAGUCUGCGAUGCACCAAAAAUCAUUUAAUGACAAUUUCAAACGAAUUUCUUACACUGAAAGCUGCAUUGAAUUGUUGUUUUUGGCUCCCAAGAUUGAUAUUUAUGCGUCUUUUUUCUGUAAAUCGUGUUUUUGACUUGGGGCUGAUGUUUCCAUUGCUCUGUUGUGUUGUGCUUUUGAUGAACUAGAGCAUUAUCAAUGUUGCAUUGUCUUGUUUUGAUAUCUACAAUGUAGAGAAAUGGUUUCAAUGGUUAAUAUUAAUUGUAG